CAAACAACAACAAUGUUGUCAAUAUUUUGGGCAUUGGCAUUGUCAUUAUUAGCAUGCCAAAGCUACCACCCUAUAACCUUAACCAAUGCCCAAGCACCUUCAAAGUUACCAACUUCAACUUCAACUCCAAAAUCACCAAAUGGACCUUCUAAAUCACCAAUUACAAACACACACACACAUCCAAAUGGACCUUCUAAUAAUUCACCAAUUACAAACACAUAUUCAAAUGGUGCACCUUCUAAAUUGCCAAGUGCAACUUCUCCAACUUCUUCUUCUAAUACACCAAAGGUGGUAGCAUCAUCCCCAUCUACUAGCAAAACACCAAUCACAACCACAUCUUCAUCACCAACCAAAUUGCCAAAUUCACCACUUCCUAAGGCCAAUUCUCCAACAACUUCUACUACUAUUACCACUUCUUCCCCCUUCAAACAACCACAACCAAUUCAUAAUCCCAAGCCCACAUCACCAACCUCUUCUACUACUACUUCUUCCCCUUUGAAACAACCUCAACAACCAAUUCCCAAGGCUACUUCUUCUCCUUUGAAACAACCUCAACAACAAAUUCCUAAGGCCACUUCCCCUUUGCUUCAACCCCAACCAAUUCCAAAGGCCACUUCACCAAUCUCUUCACCAACUCCUAAGGUAAUACCCACACGUCCAACAUCUUCUGCUCCUAUCAAACCGCCCCUGGUUCCUUUUGUUCCGGUUAAACCACGACCAAUCCCUAUUGCUCCAAUUAAACCACUACUACCAGUACCCAUUGCUCCUAUUAAACCCCCACCAAUUCCCAUUGCCCCGAUUAAACCACCUCCGAUUAAACCGCCUCCGAUUCCUGUCGCACCGGUUGAACCACCCCCAAUUCCAAUUGCCCCAAUUAAACCACCACCUAUUAAACCUCCACCAAUUCCAAUUGCUCCAAUUAAGCCACCACCAAUUAAACCACCACCAGUUAAACCACCACCAAUUCCUAUUGCACCCGUUGAACCGCCACCAAUUCCAAUUGCUCCAAUUAAACCAAUUUCAAUUACGCCAAUUAAACCACCACCGGUUAAACCACCACCAAUUAAACCACCACCGGUUCCAAUUGCUCCAAUUAAACCACCACCAAUUCCAAUUGCUCCUACUAAACCACCAGCAAUAGCACCAAAAGCACCCGCACCAAAGAUCCCACCACCACAUCCACCUAAAAAAGCACCAAUUGUACCACCACCACUGCCACUUCCACCAACACCAUUAUCAACAGCACCAGCACCAGCACCACCUAAACACAAGAAGAAGGUACCAGUAGUAUCACCGGUGCCUUCUCCAGCAAGUAACACUCCUACACCUUCACCAUUGCCAUACACCCCAGCACCUUCCCCUGAUGACUAUGCUCCUCAACCUCCACCACCACACAGGCAUAGAAGAAGGAGACACAAGCACAAACACAUCAAGCAUCACCAUCCACAAUCUUCUUCUUCCUUUGAUCUUGCUCCAGAACCAUCAUCAUCAUCAAUCAUUAGAAAGAGUCCACCCGCACCAUUAGUUGAUGAUACUACUCCCAUUGAUACUCAAGACACACCAUCCCCUGCUCCAAGUGCAAAUGGGAACGGUGAAUCAUCAUACAAUGAUCAAGUGAGAAAGAUGUUGGCAAGUGUUGGAUUUGCUAUUGUCAUUUUGUUUUGUCUCAAUUGAUAAUAUGUUGCUUCAAUCUCUAAGGAGCUCCAUCUUUGCUUUGCAAAUUAAAUAUAAAAAGAAUGAAAAUGAUUUGCUAUAUGUAUGAUACUCAAUAAUAUGAAGCUAUACAUAUAAUUUAUUUAUUUUUCUUUGUUCUUUGAUUUAUGUAUUGUCAUAUUUUUCUCACAAUUAUUACUGAAUAUAU